UGUAUUUUUGGGGGGGUAGCGAGUGCGUGUGCGUGUGUGUGUGUGUGUGUGUUGAAAAGAAAAGAAGACUGCUUGUGCCCUUGCAGUGCCGAGGACUGAUAACUCCCCAGGAUGCAUCAGCUGCUACUGGUGGCCUUAGUGCUGGGGGCACUCUGUUGUCUAGGGAGCGUGGAUUCUUCAUCUUAUGACAAGAUAGUAUACCACAGUCGCAUACGGGCCAGGACGGAAGGACCCAAUGUCUGCGCUCUGCAGCAGGUCCUGGGGACUAAAAAGAAGUACUUCAGCACAUGUAAGAACUGGUACAAAGGCUCCAUCUGUGGCAAGAAGGCUGUGGUCCUUUAUGAGUGCUGUCCUGGGUACAUGAAGCUGGACGGCAUGAGAGGAUGCCCUGCAGUGGUUCCCAUUGACAAUGUGUAUGGUACGCUGGGGCUCGUCAAGGCUACGACCACACAGCAAUACUCUGACAUGUCAAAGCUGAGAGAGGAAAUUGAAGGCAAAGGCUCCUACACCAUGUUUGCCCCAAACAAUGAUGCUUGGGAUCAGCUGGACCCUACCAUACGGUCUGCACUGGUGAGCAACGUGAACAUCGAGCUGUAUAACGCUCUUCACUUCCACAUGGUGAAUCGGCGUCUUCUGACCAAAGACAUGAAGAACGACAUGACUGUCACUUCCAUGUACAAUGACCUGGGGCUCUACAUCAACCACUACUCAACUGGGGUUGUGACAGUGAACUGUGCCAGGAUCGUCCAUGGUAAUCAGGUGGCCACAAACGGUGUGGUGCACGUCAUUGAUCGGGUCAUUACCGCUGUGGGCAACACCAUCAAGGACGUCCUGGAUAACAGAGAUGAGCUCUCCUCCUUCAGUGCUGCAGUGUUGGCUUCUGGUAUGAUGGACAAGCUGGACCAGUCAGGCCAUUAUACCUUGUUUGCUCCCACUAAUGAAGCCUUUAACAAAUUGAGCCCAGGCCACCUGGAGCGCAUUAUGGAGGACAAGGCUGUUAUUGUAGCCCUGGUGAACUACCACCUGUUGAACAGUGUGCAGUGUGCAGAAGCAAUCAUGGCAGGGUCUGUGUAUGAGACCGCAGAGGGCAGCACUAUAGAAAUUGGUUGUGAUGGCGACAGUCUGACAGUGAAUGGCAUCAAUAUGGUGCUGAAGAAGGACAUUGUCACCACUAAUGGGGUCAUCCACCUCAUCGACCAGGUGCUCAUCCCUGACUCAGCCAAGGAAGGGAAGGAGCUGAUGGGAGACUCCCAGAGCACUUUCAGCGACAUGGUGUCCGAAUUAGGCUUAGCUGCUUCCCUGGGUCCAAAGACGGAGUACACACUACUUGCUCCUCUCAACACUGCCUUCACUAAUGAGGUGAAGUCAACAGACCAGAAUCUGCUGAGACUCAUUUUGGAAAACCACAUCGUGAAGUUCAAAGUUAAACUGAGUGAGCUUUACAAUGGACAGCUGCUGGAAACACUGGCUGGCAAACUGCUCAGAGUCUUCAUUUACCGCACUGCUGUGUGCAUAGAAAAUGCAUGUAUGGUGCGCGGCAGUAAAGAGGGAAGCAAGUCUGCCGUCCAUGUUAUGAAAUCCCUCAUCAGACCUGCAGAGAAAUCAAUCUACCAGCUCCUGGUUGCUGACGGACGGUUCAAGAUUUUCCUGUCGCUGAUGGAGACCGCAGGUCUGACUGGGCUGCUGAAGCAAGAAGGCUCUUACACUGUCUUCGCACCAACUGAUGAUGCGUUUGAUGGUCUCAGUAGAGAAGACUUGGCUUUGCUCAAAAGUGAUCUGAAUGCUUUGAGGAUCAUUCUGCUGUACCACUUCAGUAAUGGUAUCUUCAUCAAUGGAGGAUUAGAGGGAGGAGUUACCAAUCUGCUCAAAACCCUCCAGGGCAACAACCUGCAAGUUUUGUCUGUAAACAACUCUAUUCAUGUCAACUCUGUGGAUGUGCCAAAAAGUGACCUGAUGGCGAAAAAUGGUGUGAUCCAUGUGGUGAAGAAUGUCCUCUAUCCUGCCGACCUUCCUGUGGGCCGCCAGGACCUCCUGGUCCUCCUGAAGAAAUUGAUUAAGUACAUCCAGAUAAAGUUUGUUUCUGGAUUUUCUUAUGCUGAGAUCCCACUCACCUUCCUCAAGAGUACCAUCACAACUACACAUUAUUUUGAAACAGUCCCCGAUGUAAAAAAGGUGACCAGGGUUAUUGAGGCGGAGCCAGUCAUCACCAAGGUAACAAGAGUAAUCGAGACAGAACCAGUAGUCACUAAGGUGGUCAUCGAGGGGGAGCCGGUGAUUACCAAAGUUACCAGGGUCAUCGGGGGAGAUCCUUUGGCCACAAAAGUUACCAGGGUCAUUGAGGGAAAGCCUUCUGUCACAAAGGUAACCAGGGACUUCGAGGGAGAUCCUUUGGCCACAAAAGUAACCAGGGUCAUUGAAGGACAGCCUACCAUCACCAAGGUUACAAGAGUCAUCGCAGGUGGAGCUCUUGAUACAGAUGGAAAAACAGGUGGAGCCAGAUUCCCCACGGUGAACGAGCCUUAUAUCAUUGAGGGCCCAGACUUCUCUAAGAUUACCACCAUCCACAGCAACCUAAAUCAGAUCGAUGAGGAAUCAGAGAGAAUCACCAAAAUCAUUCAAGAGGGAGGUAGAUUCGCUGCGGCCAAGAGAGCUCCAGCUGGAAUGAAGAGGAGAGCAAGGCCAGCCAGGCGUCACUCCAAGCCAAGAGAGUGAAUCUUACAGAAACUAAACACCUUCUCGCUCACUGCAGAGACUGAAUCCAUCUCCAGUGCUCCUGGUCGAGCGCUGGAGGAUCGAAAAACUGUGGACCAAUAGGGAGAGAUCAAAUCAAUCUAGCUAUUUUUUUGUCCAAACCAUUAAUAGGAAUCCCUAAGAUUGUUUACUAUUUCAUCUAGACCAUACUGUAUUUGAUAGGUAUUAUGUAUAAACUUAUGCAAUGAAAUUAGCAUACCCUUCAUGUAAGUAAUGUAAGUGUGCAAGGGAAAUAUAAACUUUUGCUGUGAGGUGAUGGUGUGUCAGGUGAGAUAUAUUCUUCCACUGAGAGAAAUUUUUUAAAGGUUUGCUUUUAUGCUUUUUAUGGUGCUUGCAUUCUUUGCAAUGGAUGCAUUUUAAUGACUAGGACGAGUCAAACAGUGUCAAACAGUGUUUUGCUAGCAUUAUAUGCUGUACUGUACCACUGUAAAUUAUCACAUGGUAAUUAAAGACUACCGUGAAUUUUUA